CCAAGACUCCAACAUGGCGUCCGGUCAAUAGAGACGAGAGGGAGGAGAGUAGUUGUACGGUUGGAGGUAGUGGGUGUCGUGGCCCCCCGGAAUACUGGGCCCUCAGUCGACCGUUUUUUUCAUCAAUCAUUUAUCAUUUAAACAAAACAUUCCUAACAUAAUUAAUUAUUUUCGCCACUUGUGGACAAAGGAGUGUGAGUCAACGAUGCAUCAGACUGAUUCUAGUGUACGAUUUAGUGUACAUUAAUAGUGAUGAUUGGGGGAGUGAAAAUGCAAUCAAUUCGCAUGCAGUACGGGCCCUCAAACUGUCAAGAUCGCGGCUGAGCCAGGAAUUUAACACACGAUUUUUUAAAUCUACAAAAUGGCUUCAGGCGACAAUGUGGAUGUGAUUGAAGUCGUUGAGACUAGUUUUGGGGGUGGAAACAGGACUGAUGACUUAUCCUCGAGGCUCAAUGACUCUGGCGAUGAGGAUGACAAGUCAACAACUGGUGAGAGGGUUACCUUUGACAGUUCAGUUGCACAACAUGGAAGUGGCGGACCGAAGACUCCCUCGGGGAUGUCCAGGGGAAAAUCCGAGAGGGAGAGGAAGAUUGGACAUAGGAGGGUUGGCGUGGGUGGUGAAAUCACCUACAAAAAAAUUCAAACGACUCAGAUCAUGGGCUCGAUACAACUGGGAAUCCAGCACGCUGUUGGUGGGUUAGCUAGUAAACCUGAGAGGGAUCUGUUGAUGCAGGAUUUUAUGACUGUCGAGACAACGAAUUUUCCGAGCGAAGGAUCUAAUCACACACCAGCCCAUCAUUUUUCAGAGUUCAAGUUUAAAAAUUACGCUCCAAUUGCAUUUAGAUACUUUAGGGAUCUUUUUGGCAUCCAGCCGGAUGAUUUUUUGAUGUCAAUGUGUAGUUCACCUCUUCGGGAGUUGUCCAAUCCCGGUGCCAGUGGAAGUAUCUUUUAUUUAACAGAGGAUGACGAAUUUAUAAUAAAGACUGUGCAACAUAAAGAAGGAGAAUUUCUUCAGACCCUAUUACCUGGUUAUUACAUGAACCUCAAUCAAAAUCCACGUACCCUGUUACCAAAGUUCUUCGGAUUGUACUGCUAUCGUUGUAACAGUAAGAAUGUUAGAUUGAUCGCUAUGAAUAAUCUACUGCCCUCGGCAGUUAAGUUGCAUCAGAAAUAUGAUUUGAAGGGAUCGACGUACAAAAGAAAAGCGUCGAGGAGUGAAAGAUCCAAGAAAUCACCGACUUACAAAGACCUGGAUUUUAUGGAACAUCAUCCUGAGGGUAUUUUUCUGGAGGCCGACACUUAUGGUGCUCUUGUCAAGACUAUUCAAAGAGAUUGUCGAGUACUCGAGAGCUUCAAGAUUAUGGACUACUCGUUAUUGGUGGGAAUUCAUAAUUUGGAUCAGGCUGCGAGGGAGAAGACGGAACCCAGACUAUCAACAACAGUCGAAGAAGAGCCGGGAGAAGCUGGUUACGAGAGCGGUAGUUUCGUCCAAGUGGAACGUGAGAAGGAGCGCGAGGAUAGGAUAGGUGCUACGGCCCUGAACAGAUCGCGUAGUAUUAAUCGUCAGAGGUUGGUUGCUCAUAGCACUGCCAUGGAGAGCAUCCAGGCUGAGAGUGAGCCAAUAGAUGAGGAAGAUGACGUACCCAGUCCUGGGGGUAUUCCAGCGAGGAAUGCACGAGGCGAGCGUCUCUUGCUAUUCCUCGGUAUUAUUGACAUUCUUCAGAGCUACCGUUUGAAGAAGAAACUUGAGCAUACGUGGAAAUCCAUGAUACAUGAUGGGGACACUGUGUCGGUACAUCGACCAGGCUUCUACGCUCAGCGCUUCCAGGAUUUCAUGGCAAAGACUGUAUUCAAGAAGAUACCAUCACUGGACCUGCCUGAGAUUAAGGGGAAUCAUCGCAAAUUCCGUAACCUCGUCACCAGCUACAUAGCCCUGAAACAUUCCCCAUCGAAGAGAAAAAGUAUUACGAGGCCCCUGAGGCCACUGGAGGGUGACUUUGAUUCAACUGUGGUGACGGCGGUUGGAAGUACGAUGCAUGCAACAUCACCCACAAAAGCUGUGAGUCCAACAAGUCCCGAGGGUAUGCCGCCAGUGACUACUGGCACAAUAAUUUCGCCCACCUCGCUGCCAAUAGCCACCUCAACGCCCGUCAACGUUCCCACAACGGUACUCGCGACCUCGACAAGCGGUGGAAUAAUCACAGGCCCACCUCCAUUAUCCGUCAACUCAUCUCAAGUCCGUGCUAGUUAUCCAGCAGUUCUGAAAGGCCGAUCAGCAGCGAGUCCACCAAAUCCAAAUUUAGUGCCAUCAGGAAAAAUUCCACCACCAGUUCCACCUCGUGGUACUGGUAAACGUGCGAGUAUCGACGAAGUUCAACGAGGAAAUAUGUCGUCAUCAUCAUCGACAUCCGGUCGAGGUGGCACCCUCCCAUCAACCUGCUCUACCCCACCCCCACCUUUUGAUGAUGCUGUGAGAUCCAACGAUCAGACAUUGGCUUCGGGCGGUCAUCUACAGACGACUGUCACCCAUAGCAAGCAGAAUAAAACUGUUCAUCAUGUCACGCUCAGCACUAAAACGUAUCACGACUCUGUCAGUAUAUCAGAUGUUCAUCUCGAGAGCAGCGGAAGUGGUGGCAGUGGUGGUCGUGAGACGAAAUCAUCCUUGAGCGUUGAGAGCGGUGGUAGCAGUCGAGGUGGCGGAGGUCUCACCUGGACACCACCAGCAGGUAGUGCCGAAGGGUCAACACCCACAUGGACAGAGGGAACUCCCUCUUUUACUGAGAGCUCAAGCAGUGGUGACAUAGUCUACAGUCGCUUAGGACCGGCGAGUCUCGAGAUAAGUUGUCCAACAACACCGACGAAAGGUAAUCAUCGUAAUGACGUUGGGGGAAGAGUUGCAGCUACUGUUGAAGAGGCACUUGCUAGUCUUACUACGGAAAUGAAACAGAGCGGUGGAUCGCAUGGGAAAUUGGAUGGAACAGAGAUAACUGAUUGGCGGAAUGGAUCCGGCUCGGAGGAUAGCAGCUCGUCUCAUUUAGAGGCCGAGCGAACGAGGAAGCCGAGGAAGCCUCGUCGACGUUGAAUUAAUCUCCAUUAACGAAGAUAUUGAAGUUUUAAUAAUUAAUGAAAAUAAACACUCAUGCCCGUUUAACUGAUUACAAUAAUGUGUCAAUCAAAUAAUUGUGGGAUUGCCGUCUUGCCAUUUCAAUCGAAAGUUUAUAUCAUGUCAAUUCAAUGGAAUUACGCAAAUGUCUGCCAGACAUAUCUCGUUGAUAUUUAAUUUUAGUUCGAUUUGUUUAUUACUCGUGAAUCAUGGAAUUGAUUAUUCGAAGAUGCUAUAUUUUUUACUAAUUUGGGAGAGUGAUGGUUAGAUUAGAGAAUCCUUCAUUAUUUUGUAUUCAUUCGGAUUAAUUUGUCGUGAGGUGAAGAUUACUUCUCCGGAAUUUUGGAGGGAAAUAUCUCAGUGAGAAUUUAUUCCGCUAGAGAGAAUAUUUCCACAGAAAUCCUUCUGUCUGUGAAUGAACUGAAUUAAUUUUCUGUUUCCCAAGGAUUUUUAGAAUUUCGAAAAAUUAUCCUCUCGAUUCGAUUUGAAAGCAAGUAGAAUCCAAAUAACACUUAGUUCCCUGGUUUUAUUUCUAAUACUCUCUCUCAAUCCACAUUUAUCGCUAAAUUACCCUAAAUAAUCCGAGUUAAUACAGGUACGGAGGAAUGGUAUCAGCGCGUUGUGCUGCAUAUGUAGACUUUCGAGCGGCCUAAUUAUUGUAAGAAGUCACAUUAGAAUACUCAAAACAUAUGGUAAACCGGGAAUGGAAAUCACAAAAAAAUAAAUCAUAGUAUUACACCAAGCAUCACUGUAUAUUACGUACUUGUAAUGUAGUUAGACGUGCACGGGGAUUACGUUAAUUGCAAUUUCAUGGGUGAUCUUGAAUUAAUUAAUAGAUAAUGGUGGCCAAUUGUUAAUCGAUAUCGAGUUAAGCUCUCUUUCUCUCUCGUUGAUUCACUCGAAUGUCUGCUAAAUGAAUGGGCGGAGUACUUACUGCAUAGGAAGAACAAAUUGUCGAUUAUUGCUUGCAAAUCAUGCGGAAAAUAUGUUUGUGAGUGAGCUGAAUAAGUGAGGAGGAUGUGUACAUUGCUUAGGAGCGAAGCUUUUGCAGAGUUCUUUUACUUUAUUCGAACAAAAAAAAAUGAAUGAUUAAAAACCGAAGGGAUAAUGACGAUGAUUGACUUUACAAUUGUCUCAAUAAUUAAUUAUAAUUAAUGUAACAGUAUGCCCUUCCAAUAUUAUUACACUCGAGGCAUCGUUUCUAUUAAACGCUCGUUGGCAAUUGUAAAUGUAAAAUUAACAAUUCAUCGGUUUUUUGAUGGUUUUAUUUUCUUUUAUUGAUAUGUGGAUUUUUGGUUAUAUUUUUGGAGUUUUUUGAAAAUACCUCAUCCUGAUUUUUUUUUCAUUUCCACCCUUUCAGACCCACCUAUAGCCAUGCGAGCGGACCGAGUGUAUUUAUACUGUGACUGAGAGCAAAUUAUACGAUUGGUUUUGUUCGGAAUACUUUGGAGAUUUAGAGGGUUUAUGAUUGAAUAUUAAUCAUGUGGAUGGAAUUGUUAACGGCGGAGAUAUUUAGGUAAGGAGUCUGAUAAUUUCGUCAUGAAUAAUUUGAGACUUGUAAUUUAAUUAGAAAAAAUGGAGAAUUGUGCACUAUUAUUUAUAGAAUUAAUUGCCGGUUGGCUUAGGUAAUUUAUUGGAUGGAAGCUCAGGCUUAUUAAUUUAAUUUGUCGUCUGUGUCAUCUCUGGUUAUUCAGAGAUUGCAACAAGACGUGAGAUAAAUCGUUGCGAGCGUGCAAUGGAAAACGGUGUCUCGAACCUAGUAUUUUUCUCUCCUUUUUUCUGUCUUGAUUUCACUUUGUGAGUUAAGGCGAUUAAAAAGUGUCAGUACAGACGAAUUUUAUUAUUUUAAUUAUCGAUAUACUUGAGAAUUCACGUUAUAAAUGUUCAUGCAGUCAGUGAAUUCGCAUUUACUUUGUCAGGUAAUUGAUAUUGCGUUUAUGAAGUAACGAUACCUCAAUUCGUACACGUAAGAGGAAAAAAACAAAAUGCAAAAACGUGUUGUAUGAUAAAUGAUCAUGAGAAUAAAUUAUUGUUACGUCCUAUUCAUUUAAAAA